AUGCUGGUAUGGACAAGUGAUGCUCCAAAGCACAAAGAAAAUAGUAAUGAGGAAAUUGAAGCUUAUGUAGAUAAGUAUGUCACAUGUAGUUUGCAGGAAAAUAAUCCUCAAAUGGAGCAGCUUGUAGAGCUUCAAGUACAUAAACACUCAAAGACUUGCAAAAAAGGCGGUAGAUCUGUAUGCAGAUUUGGAUUUCCAUUGCCACCUUUGCCCAAAACCAUGCUUCUUGAACCAUUGGAUGUUGAUGUUGAGCAUUAUAGAAAGAUAUAUUCUGAUAUUCAGAAGAAAAUGAAUGAUUACAAAGAUGGUUGCAGUUUAGACUAUGAGUCCUUCUUAGAGACUAUUGUAGAAAUGUGUGAGGAUGAGUAUAUAAAAUGUAUUCGAGCUUCCUUGAAAGGUCCCAAAAUAUUUCUGAAGAGAAGUCCAUCUGAGAUGAGAGUGAAUUACUAUAAUUCAUCAGUGUUAAAGGCCUGGAAUGCUAACUUAGAUAUUCAGUUUGUACUUGAUCCUUAUGCAUGUGCCACAUACAUUGUUGCUUAUAUCAGCAAAUCUCAGAGAGGAAUCAGUGCAAUGCUUGAUAAGGCAUCUCAAGAAGCUGCAGAGGGAAAUAUGGAUCUUAAGCGUCAAGUUCGACAUAUUGGAAACAAGUUCUUAAACUUUGUUGAGGUCAGUGCACAAGAGGCAAGUUACUUGAUCCUUCAGAUGCCACUUACACAAGCUACUAGAGAGGUUGUUUUUAUAAAUACUUCACCACCUGAAGACAGAGUUUUCUUACUCAAACAUCAAGAUGAAUUGAAUGAGUUACCCAAGGAUUCAACUGAUAUUAAAGCAGACAGUAUGAUACAAAGGUAUGCAAGAAGACCAAAACAGCUAGAAAAUUGGUGUUUAGCUGAUGUUGUUUCCGAAUUGGAAGUAACUUUCCCCAAAGAAAUCAGAAAAGAUUUACAAGAGGAAGUGAAUGAUGAUAACCCAGAAGAUAUUUCUGAAGAAACUUUUUUUACUGAUCAGGAUGUUUUAGUUCAUUUGAAAAAUGGGAUUAAGAUCAGAAGACGAAAAAACAAACGAGUUAUUAGAUAUGUAGGGUGCAGCCAAAAAACAAAUUCUGAACAGUAUUACAGAGAAAGAAUUCUUCUCUUUCUGCCUUGGAGAAAUGAGAAUGCUGACCUACUUGGUAGUCAUCAAACUUAUGAACAGCACUACAGGCAAAAAGCAUGUAUAAUACAAGUUAAGCAAAAGCAGUAUGAGCAUUUUGUGGAUGAAUUAGAACAAGCUCGACUUCAAGCUGAAGAAGAUCUUGAUAAUAUGGAGACAGUAGCACCAAAUACAGAACAUGCUGAGGCAGAGGAUGCAGAGAUAAGUUCUGAACCAUCUGAGGAAUUUGUUCAUUAUGAUCCUGAUACAGUUCAACACAGAGAUUUUGAUAUUGGUCCAGAACUUGGCUUGUCUUCAAAAGUAUCUGAAACAGAAAUGAGUGCUGUCCGCAUUCCUGAUGAGCAAAUACUCUACUCAAAAGAAGGUGAAAACCCAGAUGAUAUUAGAAUAUUACUUUGUGCUCACACUGGAAAAGCUGCAUAUAACAUCAAAGGGACUACUAUUGCAUCAGCAUUUCACAGGAAAAUGUAUCAAACCCAGCAACACAUGAGUGCAGAUGAAUUGAACUCAUUUAGGACAAAGUACCGUAAUUUGUCAGUUGUGAUAAUUGAUGAAAUUUCAAUGGUAGGAAAUAAUAUGCUGACAUUUAUAAAUGACAGACUUCAGCAACUUACUGGUAGAAAACAAGAUUUUGGUGGUAUUAGCAUCAUAGCUGUUGGUGAUUUGUAUCAGUUACCACCUGUUGGAGACAAAUGGAUUUUCAAAGACCUUUCUAAUCCUGGUCAGAGUUUAGCAAAAAAUUUAUGGCAUGAACAUUUUCAUAUGCAUGAACUAACUGAAAUUAUGAGACAAAAGGAUGACCUCAGAUUUGCAGAAAUGUUGAAUAGACUCCGUGAAAACAAGAUGACAGAUGAAGAUAAAGAACUCAUUUAUCAACACAUCAUCAGGCAAGACAUGCAAGUCUAUCCUAAGGAGGCACCUCAUCUGUUUAUUGAGAACAAGUUUGUUGAUUGUUUUAAUAACAAUCUAAUAGAAAACCUUUCAACAAAUAAAGUAAAUGUAAGAGCAGACACAGACGUUUUAUCACAGACAAAACUCUCUGCAUCAGUGAAAUUAAAACUAGUUCAAAACUUGCCUGAAAACCCAGCAUCUACUGGACAAUUAAGAACUAACUUGGUUAUUGCUGUAGAUAUGCUCUAUGACAUAUCCGUAAAUCUUGAUGUUACAGAUGGAUUGACAAAUGGUGCUUCAUGUGUUGUGAAAUACAUUGAAUAUCAACAAUCGCUAUUAAGACCAGCUAUAGUAUGGGUUCUGUUUGCUGACUCGAACAUUGGUAUUUCAAGAAGACAUCAAUACAGCCAUUUGUUUAGCACAAAUGUUAAUACUACAUGGACUCCCAUAUUUGAAGCAAAAAGAACAUUUGUGUAUAACAGGAAGACCUAUGAGAGAAUUCAGUUUCCACUCCAACCAGCUGCUGGAAAGACAAUCCAUAAAGCACAAGGAGCAACUCUUUCAAGUGCAGUCAUCAGCUUAGCACAGACAAAGCAGCGCAAAAUUCCUCAUAUACAUUAUGUUGCACUCUCUAGAGUAAGGUCACUUGAUGGACUAUUCAUUCUGGAUUUCAAUGAAAAAAGUCUUUCUAAAGAUGAAAAUGUUGAUAAAGAGAUGGAAAGAUUGAGAGAAAAUAGAUUGCAGCUCUCAUACACACCACUUUACUCUGUAUGUAAAGAUAUUAAAUUUUUGUUCAACAAUGCAAGAUCUCUACACAAACACUACCUUGAUAUGAAAUCAGAACCAAGUGUUUUAGCUGCAGAUGUUAUUGGUAUAGCUGAAUCUUGGCUUUGUGAAUUAGAUUCUGAUGAAUACUUUACUUUGGAGGGUUUUACAAUGUUCAGAAAUGAUGCAAAUUCUUCCCAGACCAGAUCACAUCAUGGCAUUGUCAUAUAUCUGAGGAAUCAAUUACAGUGUGUGGCAUACAACUCUUUUACUACCAAAUCCGUUGAAUUUUCCAUAAUUUCCAUUAUGGCGUCCAAUACUCCAAUACAAUGUUCUCCAGGCUUAUUGGUCUGA